AUGGGAUGUCCUUUUAUAGUGGUAAUUAAACCUUUGACCAUAGCUCUGAAGAAGUGUUCAGAGCUAGGUAGAAUGAGAUACUAUUGUAUGCAGUGCGGAAAAUCCUACAGCCUAAAGAAAAACCUACGAAGACAUCAAACUGUAGAAUGCGGCAAAGAAAAGACUUUUAUCUGCCCGUAUUGUGAUAAAAGAUAUUAUUAUAAACAGGAACUUACCAUCCAUAUGAAGAUGAAGCAUGAAACUAUCAUCAGAUACCAGAAGAGUACUUCCAAUGCCCAUAGAGUAGCAGGUUCAAAACCAGCGGGAAAGAAAGGAGGUUAUUCACAAUAUGUAUGUCUCAAUUGUGGAAAGGGUUAUAAGAACAAUCAUUCGUUGCAAUGCCAUCUAAAUACUGAUUGUGGUAGACCUAAAGACAAAAAGUGCGAGUAUUGUGAUUAUUCGACUAAGAGAAGUAACGACAUGAAAAAACAUCUGGCUAGAUACCACCAAUCUAUCUAAUAAAUACAUAAAUAAAUAAACGCAAAUACAAUAAAUUAUGUUUUUUCAUAA